AGUUGAUCAACCUCAAGAAUACAUCCACCACCCUUCGAAGCGCCAAAACCAAUGGAUAGCGUCCAUAGAGCGCCGCCAUGGGUGUUACCGGACUCUGGACCGUCCUGCAACCCUGCGCGCGGCCCAUUAAGAUUGAGACGCUGAACAAGAAGCGACUCGCUGUCGAUGCCUCCAUCUGGAUCUACCAGUUCCUGAAAGCUGUGCGCGACAAAGAAGGCAAUGCGCUACGAAACAGCCAUAUCGUCGGCUUCUUCCGCCGAGUAUGCAAGCUACUCUUCAUCGGCAUCAAGCCUGUCUUCGUGUUCGACGGUGGCGCACCGGCUCUCAAGCGUCAGACCAUAAACAACCGCAAGUCGCGCCGCGAGGGCAGACGUGAGGAUGCGGUCAGGACAGCUGCAAAGUUGUUGGCGAUACAGAUGCAGAGGGCUGCCGAGGAGGAAGAACGGAAGCGGAAGGAGGCUGCGAGACACCCGCGGGAAGUGCAGCAGCAGCAGGAGGAGGAAAUACCUGAGAACCUAGUUUAUGCGGAGGAGAUCCUGCAGACAGAUCAGGAGCGCGCGCAGAACCGCACGUUCAAGAGGAAGGACCAAUACCAUCUACCAGAUUUGGGCAUGUCCAUGAACGAAAUGGGCGGCGCGAACGAUCCUAGGGUUAUGUCGCUUGAAGAGUUAGAGGAGUAUGCAAGCCUAUUUGAUAGAGGCGAGGACAUCAAUGUCUACGAUUUCUCCAAGAUUGAUUUUGAUGGUCCCUUCUUCCAGAGCUUGCCUGCUGCCGAUCGUUACAAUAUUCUGAAUGCCGCUAGGUUGAGGAGCCGGCUCAGAAUGGGGCAUUCGAAGGAACAGCUGGACGCCAUGUUUCCGGACAGGAUGGCUUUCUCCAAAUUUCAAAUCGAGCGUGUGCGCGAACGCAACGACCUCACGCAGCGCCUAAUGAACCUCAACGGCAUGAACGACAAUGCGUUUGGUGCUGGCGCCUCAAGCCGCGUAUCAGGCGAGAGAGACAGAGAAUAUGUGCUUGUCAAGAACGAUGGGGUUGAAGGUGGAUGGGCGCUGGGUGUGGUUACAAACAGAGAUGAGGGGAGAGCACAUAAGCCGAUAGACGUAGAUCUGCCCCAUCGUGUUGUUGAAGAUGAGGAAUGGGAAGACGACGAGGAUUUUGAAGAUGUUCCUAUCGAAGGGUUAAAUCGGCUGCCAAAGGCCAAGCCUGGCUUGAGUGCACAAGAAGAGGGGCGGGAGUUCAUUGCAAAUGAGCUAGCGACGCGGCGUCGUCGAUUUUACAAGUCAAGAAAGCAAAGGCCAGCGCAACGCGCGCCACAACGGGCUUCACCAGUAAAUGAGAAUCCUGACUCCCUGUUUCUCGCUGAAAUCAACGAAGGCGAGGAGUGGGAAAGUGUGCCAGCAGCCAAUGGGGACGACCUAUUCGAAGAUGCCGGAGACAAUGCGGAGGACGAACAACUUCAACAGGCUAUCACGAUGUCGAUGCAGCCGGAUGGACUUGAACCUGUCGAAGAGUCAGAUGACGACCCGGUCCGUGAGGUCUUCCAGCAGAAACGUGCUGCAGAUGCAAAUCCCUUUGUGGGGACCAAAGGCUCUGGUCUUGCAAUUGCGAGGCUCGCGAACCAACGCAGCAGCAAGCUGGCACCGAAAGGACCUUUCGAGGGGAGUGACAGCGAGGACGAUAUGGAUUUACAGGCCGCUUUGGCUGAGUCUCGCACGUCGAAGCGGCCUCGACAACCGUCGCCUAAACGACAAGCUCAAGCUCCUGCGCCAGCCGUAAAGCCAGCGCCGCAGUCUAACAACGCUCCUGGUUUCGACGGCCCGCUACCUUUUGAGAAGCUCAACCUGGGAAAAUCUCUUCUCGGUCAGCGGAAGAUGCAGAAACUCGAAGAAGACGCUGCCGGUGGUUUUGAAAAGAAUCUUGAACAGGAGAAAGCAGCGCCACUUCCGCCUUGGUUCAAGGGUCAACGAGACAUAGGACAGGAACUAAGCGCACAACGGCAAGACGAGAAACAAGAAUGGGAGAAGGCGAAAGCGGAAGAUAAGGCGCAUUUCCAAUUUCAAGAACUGCCUCGUCUCCGGAAGCAAGAGACAAAGGAGGUCAUCGAUUUGGAUGCUCCUGCGAGUCAGAGCCAGAAGCAGGUGAUUGUACUUGAUUCAGACGAUGAAACUGAUGUACACAUGGAAGAUGUCCCGAUUGAAGACAAUCAGUUGACGAUGGGUGACCUGGCCGACAAAGUGCGAACAGAGCCUCCCAAGCCGCUUUCUCCGAAGCAGAAGUCGCCUCCUCGCCAGGACCCUGCGUUGGUCAAAAAGACGCCGUUCGCAGACGACUCGGAAGACGAACCUGUGGAUUGGUCGGAAAGUGAGCAUGAAGAGGAGACGCGCGCAAAAGCGCAAGAGAAGUCAGUAGCACAAGCUCCAAGUCCACGGGAGCCCUCAAGAUCUCCAUCCGAAGAGUUCGAGGAUGUGCCUAUGCACAUCGAGGCCGUACCUGCACCAGAAUCCCCCAAGUCGCCGUCGCCUGAGUUCGAGGAUGUUCCAAUCCGCACAGAACAGCCGCGUCGACCUCGCCGAGAGUCGACACCAGCCAGGUUGGAGGGCCCUGAAGACCUUCUAAUUCCCGUCGUGCCCCAUAGCGGUGUAGCAGACGAAGCCGCUCCUCUUGAUCUCCCCGAAAACGAUUCAGACCAGUACUCUGACCCAGAAGACGCGGAACUCUUUGCCUCCCUCGCGGCCGAAGCUGAAGAGCACGCUCGCUUCGCCCAAGAACUCAACAAUAACACCACAGCACGCAUCAACUUCGACGAAGAGCUCAAACAACUCCGCGCCCAACAGAAGAAGGACCGCCGAGACGCAGACGAGGUCACGCAGACCAUGAUUAGUGAAUGUCAACACCUAUUAACGCUUUUUGGGCUGCCGUAUGUUACAGCGCCCAUGGAGGCUGAAGCACAGUGUGCGGAGCUCGUGCAGUUGGGACUGGUAGAUGGCAUCGUAACGGACGAUUCGGAUACUUUCCUCUUCGGAGGCACACGCGUGUACAAGAACAUGUUUAACGCUGCGAAAUUCGUGGAAUGCUACCUAUCUCAAGACCUCACCUCGGAGUUCAGCUUAACAAGGGAGAAGAUGAUUGCUAUUGCCCAACUCCUCGGAAGCGAUUACACGACCGGUAUACCCGGCAUUGGCCCUGUCACCGCGCUCGAAAUUCUCUCUGAAUUCCCUGAUCUUCAAGAGUUCAAGGACUGGUGGACCGCUGUGCAGAAUAACACUAUUCCCAAAGAUCAAGACUCCAAGUCGCCCUUCCGCCGACGCUUCCGGCGAAGCCAGGCAACAAAACUCUUCCUGCCAAUAGCGUUUCCAGACCCGAGAGUCGCAGAGGCAUAUUUGCAACCAGAGGUCGACUCGGAUCCCGAGCCCUUCCAGUGGGGUGUCCCUGACCUCGCUGCCCUACGCACGUUCCUUAGCACGCAGAUAGGAUGGAGUUGGGAGCGCACAGACGAAGUAUUAGUUCCAGUGAUUAGGGAUAUGAAUCGAAGGGAGAAGGAGGGUACGCAGGCGAACAUCACGCGUUUCUUCGAGGGGGGCGUUGGUGCUGGGGCGUUUGCGCCUAGAGUGAGACCUGGCGGGGGAGGGCCAGGGCCAAGUGGGAAAAAGAAGGGAACUAGUGCGGCUGGGAAGCGAAUGGGUGCUGCAUUGAUGAGACUCGCAGAGAGGGAGGGCGCCAGGGGUAGGGAUGGUGAAGAGGACGAUGCGGCGGUUCCAGAGGAUACGGAAAUUGUGCCCUCUAAUGCUGCUGGUAGGAAGAAGAGGAAGGCUACAAGCAAAGCGGCGUCGACCACAGCUGAGGACGAGGUUGCGGCUGGAGAAGAGGAAGAGGAUGAUGAUGAUGAAUUGUAUGCGGAGCCAAAGAAGAAAAGGUCAAGGAAGACACGGAAAGCAAAGAUCGCUACUUAAUUUAUGCUACAAAGAAACAGAAAUUAAUGUACGCCAUUAUAUCCCAUUCAUACGCCA